AUGCCUUUCCUUGGUCGUGAUAAACCUCGCACCAGAUCGCGCAGAUCGGACGAUGAAUUCGUCGUUUUCCUUCAAGGUAUUCCACCUCAUUGUCGCUGGCAAGAACUCAAGGAUCUGGUGCGCCAGACUGCACUCCACAUUCGGCAGGCAGUAGUAUACGAUGAUAGCCACGGCUUUCCGACGGGACUAGGGCAGAUCAUCGUCAAGAACGAAGACGAAGCUUGGCGCACGUACCAUCGACUCUCGACUAAUGGAUGGGAUGGCCAGAGUCUGGUCGUCACGCUCUCGCGAACCAGCACACCCACCAAGCCCAUUGCCGGGCCGACUAGAAGUCCUUCAGCAAUCAUGCAUUCAGGCUACAUCCCAGGCCACUCCACACCUCCUGUAGUAAAUGGAACCAUGGCAAUCCCACCCUCACCCGUCUCACCAGAAUCCGUCCACUCAAGCCCUCCAUCAAUCUCCUACCCAGACUACGGCGUGAUGAUCGCACCCGCGCCAAUGCCCCUCCGAUCAUUCAUACCCAUGAUGCCAGACCCCCUCGCACCACCGAUGCAGUGCUUUCCCCCAUCCCCAGUUAUGAACGGCACAAUAUACGAGCCACAUUGGAACAUGAUGCCAGGCUACUCGAUGUCCCCACCACAGCACCUGUACCCGCCAAACGGAGAAAUCCCAAUCCCAAAUCACCACCCUUACCACCCUCGCAAGUUCCGCGCCAACGGCAUAGAUCCCAACUCCCCAUCUUUCCAUCCAGACCGGCGCGGGCUCACGAUCGAGAACUUGAAUGCAGCUACGACAUGUAUCGACCUAAGGAUUUUGCUGCAGAAAGCCGGCACCGUCCAGCAAUGCAGCAUAUUUGUCCCAGACUCCACCAAUGGCCAGAUCCGCGGCUUGAUCGCCAUGCAAACAGCCGAGGAGGCCCAGUGCGCAGUGACCAUGUUUAACAAUCUGACAUUCAUGGGUUCGAGGAUUCGGGUGAAGAUCGAUCGGGGAGCACACAUCAUGAGGACUGGGAGCUUUGAUAGGAUGUCAAGUGGAGGGUCAGACACAAAUUCGAGCGUGGGAUCGGGGGUGGAAGGCAGCGGGGAAAUGGGCCAGUCAUGGGCUGAAGAAAUGACAGUGCAGGCUAAGCCGGUCAACAGUUGUAAGCCGUUGGUGAUAGAUGGCUCUGGACUGAGAAGAUCCGUUCAUAAUUUGUCGACGUCCGCACCUACAUGA